UUUCAUAAAUAUUGUUAUUCUUCUUCACCAAAGCACAACCCAAUAAUCGAUUCCUCUUUUAUAAAGUUUUUAUAAGAACCACUCAAAAAAUUCUUCUGGCCAUGGAUGAAUAAUAAAUUGAUAAAAUUGGUUUCCUUUCAAAAAAAAAAAAAAAGUUCCUCUCCUAUAAAAUGCUGGGACUCAAGUAGGAGUUUCCAAACCACAGCAGCAUUUAAUAAAAUACACAAAACAGCAGCUAUUGUUCUCAGAAAUUAUGGCCCAAAUUGCCAAAAUGGAGUUUAAAUUUGAGAUCAAGUCCUCUGCUGAAGGGUUCUAUAAUAUUUUCAUGUCCAAACCUUUCCUUUUUCCCAAAAUAUGCCCCAGCUUGGUUAAGGACUUUCAACAAGUUGAGGGUGGCUGGGGCUCUGUAGGGUCAGUGAGGAAAUGGGUUUACAUCUCACCAGGGAGUUCAUCAUGUGAGACCCACACAGAGAAAAUUGAAGCUUUGGAUGAGAAGAGUAAGUCAGUGAGUUGCAAAAUGGUAGAAGGAAGCUGUUCUAAGCUGUACAAGAGCUACAAGUACACAAUUGAAGCAAGUGAGAAGGCUAAGGGGGGUUGCAUAUUAAAUACUAUCAUAGAAUAUGAGAAGCAGAAUGAAGAUGUUCCUCCCCCAACUAUGUAUGCAGACAUAGCUUUUGCUAUCUACAAAUCCAUUGAUGCACAUCUCAUCAAUAGUUAACCCUUUUUUAUCUACUACUAUCUGUGACACCAGAUAUAUAUGUAUGAUCUUAUGAUCAUGAAUAAAUAAAAGCAGUUUAUGUA